CAACUUAGACUGACACAGAGAGCGAGUGAGAGAGACUUGGUUCCACUUCGCUGCUGGGAGUUUGCUGGCCAAAAAUAGCUCCUGGCAUUAAUUUAUUUUGCAGGCAGGCGAGAGUCGGUGCGAAGCAGGGAAGAAGCUAGUGGCGUUUGCCUCCCCCUUCCCUUCACGCGAUGUUGAUUUGGAGACAUAUACUGGUCGCCUGCCUGGCGCUGGUCGCUGUCAGAGUGAACGGACAGGACGGUGGUUUCAACCUUGAAGACGCGUUCAGUGAUGAUGAACCAACUCCAAAAACACAGGCUGACGAGUUUGAUCUUAGUGACGCUUUUGAUGAUGAUUCCAAUCUGCCAACAGAGGCUGACGAGUUUGAUCUCAGUGAUGCUCUUGAUGAUGAUUCCAAUGUUCCAACAGAUGAUGGAGAGGGUUUUGACCUUGCUGACGCUCUGAGUGAUGACCAUGUUGCAUCCAGGGAUGAUAAUGUUGAAUUUGAUCUUAACGAUGCUCUACAAGAUGAUGCCACCCAGUCCCGAGACCCUGACGGAUUUGAUCUUGGGGCCGCGUUGAAUGACCAUUCUGUUAAGAAAACAGGUGGAGAUUUUGACGACUCAGACCUUCUACAUGUGGUGAAUGGUGACUAUAAACCUGAUAAGACCGUCUCGAAAGGUCAGGACCCUGCUGGCACGAGUGACCAGAUCAGCGACUUUCUGAUGACCCUACUAGGAGGCACAUCAGAGCAUUUUCAGAAGAUUUGCUUCAAGUUGAUGGAAAUGUUGAAAGAUCUGUAUAACACGCCACAGGAGCAGUGAGAAGAUAUUCAGGCAUUCAUCCACCCAACCUUCAAUCAACGCACCUGUUGGAAGGAACAAACUGUUCAUCGGAGACAGGAUACACAUGGCUGUGGUCCAACAUCAGAUUUCUUGGGUUCAGCUUCAGUUUUCAGAUAUGUUCACUGUAAUUCAGAUGUGAUUUUGUUUUUGUUUUUUUUUCAUCUGCGCUGGUUUUUGGACACCUGGCUUACUUAUGAUGGGGUGUAAUUUUGUGUUUCUUGACGUCUAUUUGAAACGUCAACUCAUGGUUUAAUUGCCAGAACGUUUGCUUCGGUGCACUACUGAAUUGAGAUUUCACUGGUACUGUCCUCUUGAGACAAGUGUAAAUAUCGAUGAUUUCUUGGAAAUCCUUCGUCAAUGUUAAAUUUGUAGCACAAGGAGUGUGAUACAUCUUGGUUGAACAUUAUUGGUUAUGCAUUGAUGAAAUGUUGAUGAAAUGUAAUUAACGUGUGGACUGGUCAUAAGGUCAUGGGAUAGGAGUGGAAUUAGGCCAUUCAGCCCAUCAAGUCUACGCCUUUCAAUCAUGGCUGAUCUAUCUCUCCCUCCUAACCCUUUGCCUUCUCCCCAUAACCUCAUAACAAAUCAAGAAUCUAUCUAUCUCUGCAUUAAAAAUAUCAACUGACUUGGCCUCCACUGCAAAGAAUUCCACACAUACACCACGGAGGAUGACAGACUAAAUACAUUUCUCCUCAUCUCCUUCCAAAAAGAAUGUCCUUUAAUUCUGAGGCUAUGUCCUCUGGUCCUAGACUCUCCCACUAGUGGAAACAUCCUCUCCACAUCCACUCUGUCCAAGCCUUUCACUAUUGUGUUCGUUCUAAUGAGGUCCCCCUUCAUUCUUCUGAACUCCAGCGAGUACAGGCCACAAUACACAAUACACAAUACAAUACAA